GACUGCUGAGCAACAAGCCGUGAGGCUCAGAGAGCGCUGUCUGCCAUCAGCGUGGGAUCAGACCAGAGGAAAUUCUGACUUAUCAGAGCUCAAACUCCCAAACGGACAUUUGAAAGAAUGACAACAAAGAAAUAAACAAAGAGACGCAGCAUCACUGUGUUGCAGUCUGGUUCAUACAGGCCAGAGACCAAAACUGAAAAAGCUGCUGGGUAGUGUGGUCUUAAAAAAAACAUUCUCCUAUGAAAACUUCCGGGAAAAGUGACAUGGAGAACCUGUCUGUCUACCAUGGGCCCAUUGGCAAGACGGAGGGGGAAAGGCGCCUGGCUCUGGAUGGACGCAAUGGAUGCUACUUGAUCCGAAACAGCGACUCUGUGCCUGACGUCUACUGCCUGUGUGUGCUGUGCAAUGGAACUGUCUACACAUAUAGGCUCCACAAGCAUGGCGGAUGCUCAUGGGCUGCAGAGACCAUUCCUGGUGUGCAGAAACGAUAUUUCCGUCAAAUCAAGAACUUGAUCGCAGCUUUCCAGCAGCCUGCCCAAGGAAUUGCCAUGCCUCUGCUGUACCCUGUCACUGCCCAGGGACGGGCGUAGACACCCACAGUGGUGCAGAAACCCAGUAAUAGCCUGUCACCACCACCCGGGCUCUUGCCUGCAGCAGUUGUGUGCUGCUCAGGGACAGAAAAAACGGGACCAAAAAUGUGCUGCAAGCUCUUAGAUACAAACCUCACACUCUGCAUUGAUCUAAUUAGACCAUCCAACUCAAGGUUUUUAUUAAAAACAGCCUUUUAGUUGUAUCCGUGAAAUGAGAAGUAAAUAUAGUUAAGCAGUGGCGUCAUUAGGCCUAUUUUAGGUGGGUUGAAGCCUCCCUAAAAUAUGUAUACCUAUACGUAUGUAUAAAUGAGUAUAUACAGUAAUCUAUACAUAUACACAUAUGUACAUACGUAUAUAUAUUCAAUAUUAAAAGGUGACAAGGUUUCUCGUUUGGAGAAAAAGCUGACCAGAAGCCAACCAGAAUGUGAACUACGGCAUCGCUACUAUGAAUGAUAAUACCGUAUAAUGCAGUGUGCGAGGCAUUAAUAGAAGCGCUGAUUAAGUACUUUAGGUACACAUUGCAAUCCAACCUAAAAUACAACUUUUUUCUCUUAAUAUUCUAUUCAUACUGAAUGCUUUAUCCAUGUAAAAUUACAGCUGUUUUUUCCAUUUCUAUUUCAACUUUCUUCUUGUGAAUUUUAUAUUUUUUUUAUUCCCAUAAUAUUUGGACUUAUUCUCGUAACAGUCUAACCUUUUCUGCAACGUAAUUUUAAAAAAAAUACAACUUUAUUUCUUGUUUUGAUUACAUUUUUGGUUAGCUGCUCGCGACCCACCCGGAAUAAGUCCGUGGUGCAUUUUGGGUCCAGACCCAUCAGUUGAGAAUGAAUUGUUGUACAAUAUGCUCAAAGUUAUUAGGUUGCUUUGGAAUGUUGAUACAAUAUGAAUAUUUUUCAAAUAAAUGUCCUAAAAAAAUACAAAUAUCCAUCCAUCCAUCCUCUACCUGUUAUCCUGAAGUCAGGCGAGUCAACCACUCCACCAGGGGUCGGCAACCUUUACUAUCAAAAAAGCCAUUUUACCCCCUCGCCCACUAAAGAAAAAUUGUCUGGAGCUGCAAAACAUAAUAGCUUAUAAACUUUUAAAACUAAUCUUUCUUAAUAUACGUGUUACAACAGAAUACAACAAACAUAAGUAGAGUGUGCAUGUGUGCCAGAUGCCAACCAGUGGGGUUGUGAUAGUAUGUUGGUUAAACCUUACUGACGGACGCCUCAAAAAAUGUGCAGCACAGUGAUUGGCAGCCUGUUCCUUCCUGCUCGACUUAACGAUCAGUCUUGUGUGGACACCAUUCGAGCCCGGGUGUGCAGGGCUGUACUACAGGGAUGACCACUGUUUAGCAAUGUUACACAAUUUUGAAAUGUGUAAAAGUCAUUCUGUUAAAGAAUGACUUUAAUUUGAUACCUCAUUCACUUCUCUACCCCAAAUAUUAAAGAAGUUAGAACAGAUUUUAUACGGGAAAACAGUGCCUUCGGUCCCCAUUGCUUUAACAUUGAAUCAAGACAAAAGCUGUGAUCGACCCACAUACCUCGGCAGGUACAACCAUGCUACAAAAUACAUAAUAGCUCAGGCUGUGAAAAUCUGUUUUAAAAGUCAACAGAAUAGCCAUUUACAUUUAUUUUGAUGAUCAAACAGUCCAAGGAAGAAAAUGAAGUGUCAUAUUUUUCAUGUAGGCCUAGCACUGCGGUGCAGCAGCACGCUGUGUAUUCAUUUCCACCCCACACUAACUAGAAGAAAUACUCCGAGCCAUCAUCGAUGACAGGAAUGUAUCAAAUCCACCAACAUCCACUCCCUACUUGAGAAAAUCUAUGUUUUUUAGCAUGAUUUUGUGAUAAUGAAGCGGAAUAGAAAACGAAUGGAUAUCUAAAUUAUCCAUAUUUUAUCUGCUUUUACAUUUACAAUCAAGGCAUACUUUUUGAAAAUAGGACACAAUGCAAACGCGACAUGUAGCAUUUACCGGUUAAAAACCCCCAAAAUAUUUCACACAAUCGGACUUUAAUGAAAUUUCAUCUGCAGAUACUUAUUAAAGUGAAUUAAUAUCCUAUAUACCUUGUAUCUUGUAGCUCCGUGAAUUUGAAAGGCUUAAAGUGGUACUUAACUUUCCAAGCACUGUUUUGGCUUGAUCUGAUCCAACACUCAAUAAAAAUCCAAUAAGAAAUUGAAGAUAAAGAAGUAAUCUACCUAUCAAACAUAUAUAUGAAUGAAAAUACACCUGGCAUCAUAUGAAAAAAAAAAACAUUGCUCCACUGUUACGUGUUGGACUACUUUGACAUUAAUUAGUACUGUUCAGAAAAGGAGUGCUUGUUUUGAAAAUGUGUUUCAAUGUUUUUUGUUGUUUCUCGACAAAUAUCAAGUAUACAGGUAAGUCAACAUCGUUGACAGAGGAGACAAAAGAAAUCUGUCCCAACAAAAUUCAAAACUAUAUUUUCUUCUGAUAUGCUUCUUUUGGCGGGAUAAAUUAAUGGUUAGCUUACCGCGCGGGGGAAAAAGUUUUUUCUGUCAUGUCUCGACGAAGGCAGGAAAGCCAGCCAAACACCUGCUUCCCUUUCCUUCCUCUCGCUCAUCCAAUGACCAGGUAGAACUCAGCCAUGAUGCAUUCACUGUCCUACAGAAAGUCGGAUAUUUUUUACACCUUUCAAAAAUGCACAUUUUCCUCACUCACGUGUUAAAAAAAUAUUCCAGUAAUGCUUUUGGAGCCACAACAGGCUAAAGACCGGAUUGCUGAAACCUGCACCAGACCAUCAGAGACCCCAAAUACAAAUAAAAAUUCUGAUAUUAUACAAUAUUUAGUCUCUUUUUGUGCUAUUUCCAGCCAGAAGAUAGCCACUGAACACGUAAAAUAAUGACUUUAACGAAGCAUUUUGUUUUGCCACACAAAAUGUUUUAGAAAAUGUAUGCCAUGUAAAAUAUUCAUCUCCUGCAACUUUCACACAGGUCCAUUACUAUACCUGCAUUGAUUAAAAAAAAAAAAAAAGCUUUUCUGCCUUUUUCAUGUGAGUGACGCCGAAAAUAAACGAUA